GUGAGAGUCCUGUCCGUGACUCUGGUAGUGAAGGAGGAAGUCCCCUUACAUCAAACAUCAACAAGGAUCCUGGGGCUCAAUCGGGGUCGACAGAGUCUCUGGGCCCUGACCAAAGACAUGAGAAGGACAUCACUCAAACACCUGGGAUGAACAUUCAUAUUGAACAAGAGGAGGAUGAGGAAGAAGAAGAAGAGGAGGAGGAAGAAGAAGAGGACGAGGAAGAGUGGGAAGAGGAAGAAGAUGAUGAAGAGGAGGAGGAAGGGGAGGAAGAGGAAGUUGGUGAUCUGUUGAAUUCUGUGGUAGAACAAGCUUCCUGGGAUACUCCUCAUCUUGGAAUGAGUCCUAAUUCCUGCCACGGUAGUGAGGGAACUACCUCAACACCAGAAGCAGUGGAACGACAACACCGGGAGAAAGAGAAGACACGGGCGACCAAACGGAAGAAGAGUCCAGAACAAAAGCAACCGAAGAAAAAAGAGACACCGAAGAAGGAAAAGAAUCCGAAGCAGAAAAAAGCUAAGAUGACCCACCGCUGCUUUAAAUGUGGAGAGGGAUUCUCCCGCGUCUACGACAUGCUCUUACACCAGACCAUUCAUAUAGAUGGAACGACCAUGUUUAAAACCAAGAAGGUUCACCGCUGUUUAACGUGUGGAUACCAAGCAUCCGAUGCACAUAAACUGAUGAUGCACGAGCGGAUACACACGGGAGAGAAGCCUUUCCAGUGCUCUGUGUGCGGGAAGAGAUUCGCUCAGAAAGGAAAUCUGAAAAUACACCAGAGUGUGCACAAAGGAGAAGUCAGGAAUCCCAGUUUCUGGCCUGACAUCGUGGAGAGGCUUCCUACAAUAGGUGUCCCAGACCAAUACCAUGACAACCACACAGCUAAGCCAAUAGGAGUUCUGGACCAAUACCAUGACAACCACACAGCUAAGCCAAUAGGAGUUCUGGACCAAUACCAUGACAACCACACAGCUAAGCCAAUAGGAGUUCUGGACCAAUACCAUGACAACCACACAGCUAAGCCAAUAGGAGUCCUGGACCAAUACCAUGACAACCACACAGCUAAGUCAAUAGGAGUCCUGGAUCAAUACCAUGACAACCGCACAGCUAAGUCAAUAGGAGUCCUGGAUCAAUACCAUGACAAGCGCACAGCUAAGCCAAUAGGAGUUCUGGACAAAUACCAUGACAACCACACCGCUAAGCCAAUAGGAGUCCUGGACCAAUACCAUGACAACCGCACAGCUAAGCCAAUAGGAGAGGAAUGCCAAACUCCAUCAACUCUACAGAUACACAUGAGAACUCACACUGUAGAGAACCAGUCGAAACCACAGUGCCCUCUCUGCGGGGCAGAGUUCUCUCAGAAAGGCCUUCUGGAUGAUCACCUGAUGAUCGCCCACUCCCAUGAGAAACCAGAGAAGCCUUACCCCUGUCCAGACUGUGGGAAGAGAUUCUCCAGCAAGAGUUACAUCAAGAUCCACCGGAAGAUCCACAGUGGGAAGAUCUCUUACCACUGCGCCCAGUGUGAUAAGACUUUCCUGUCAGCGGAGGGGCUCAAGAAGCACGAGAGCGCUCACCGAGGAGAGAGACCGUACCGAUGCCCUGCGUGUGGCAAGUGUUUCAAACAACAAUCCCAGCUGACCUGUCACUUCAAGAUCCACACCGGAGAGAGGAGCCAUCUCUGCUUCCUGUGUGGGAAGAGUUUCGCCAGAGAGUUUGACCUCCGGGUGCAUCUCAGAGUCCACUCUGGAGAGAAGCCCUACCAGUGCCACGAGUGUGGCAAGAGCUACAGGUACAGAGCAGGCAUCCGGUCACACAUGCAGCAGAUGCACCCUGGGAAGCCUAUAGUGGAACCAACCCCACCCAUCCCCACAGGCCCUCGCUACGGCAGUGGAGGAAGUGGUCCUCCUACAUCCCUCAUCAGAAAGGAUCCUGGUGACCAAUCCAGCCCCAAAGCCCAGGGUCCUGAUCCAAGCCAUGGCAGCAAGGCGUCCAGUCAAACACCUCGGUUGAAGGCCAGAGCUGAAGAAGAGGAGGAGGAGGAGGAGGAAGAAGAAGAGGUGAACGUUGAUGGUUCGGGUAAUUCUGAAGAAGACGACGCCAGUUGGAAACCCGCUCUUCGUCUUGCCAAGACCUGUGGCGGUGGUCCCUCUGCAUCAGGACCACAGAGAAACACCGGAAGAAACUAA